AAAAAAUCCAUUCGGUUGAGUUCCACAGCAUUCGCCAUAUUUGACAGAGGUUCGUCGAAUAGAUUUGCGCAAAUAUUUUUUUGGAGCACGACUAGGUGUAUUCCUGGGACAUCGCGUCCAUUAUAAGGAGAUGCGCCAUUGUACACAAUUGUACUCCCCGGGUGUUUGGCUUGACGAGUACAGCUGGGAGGAAAGAAUGGACUAUCGCAAACGGAAGAUGCGGGAUUCACACAGUAGCGAACGAGAAAACAAGCACAGAAGGACUCAAAGACACCACAAGACUAGUGACGGGCUGUUCCUGGAGAACCGCAGUUUAAACCACAGUCUUGAGAUGCGUGGGGGGCACAACCGGGAUUACAGUUUGGACACGGCCUGUGCAGAGGACAGCCGUGAUUUUACCUUCAAGGAGAGAGAUCGCGACUGGCACCAUUACAGCAAGUCGUCUGGACGUAGUGGCCGCAGUGGCCGCAGUCACAGGAGCAGGCGAAGCAGAAAUAGAGACAGAAGGCACAGGCGUAGUCACUCUCGCCACCGGUCUUCCUCGAGGAGGAGUCAUCGCCGCAGGAGCAGGAAAAGAUCCAGGAGUGUUGAGGAUGAUGACGAGGGUCACCUCAUCUAUCACAAUGGAGACAUGCUGAAAGCGAGAUAUGAGAUUGUGAGUACUCUUGGAGAGGGUGCCUUUGGGAAGGUUGUCGAGUGCAUUGAUCACCUAAAUAAUGGUGCUCGAGUGGCUCUGAAGAUUAUUAAAAACAUUGAACGCUACCGAGAUGCCGCUAAGUCUGAGGUAGCUGUGCUUGAACAGCUUAAGUCUCUUGACUCUCAGAGCAGAUAUGCGUGUGUUCACAUGCUGGACUGGUUUGACUAUCACGGACAUAUCUGCAUCGCCUUUGAGCUGCUUGGCCUCAGCACCUAUGAUUUCCUCAAGGAGAACAAUUUCCAGCCUUUCCCCAUCAAGCACAUCAGACAAAUGGCCUACCAGAUCAUCCGUGCUGUAAAAUUUCUCCAUAAACAUAAGCUGACUCACACAGACCUGAAGCCAGAGAAUAUUCUGUUUAUUGAUUCAGAAUAUGAGCUAGAGUACAAUUCAUCAAAGAAACGAGAUGAGCGGACAUUGAAGAGACCAGAUAUAAAAAUUGUGGAUUUUGGAAAUGCCACAUAUGAACAUGAGCAUCAUACAUCUGUGGUGUCCACACGUCAUUACCGGGCCCCUGAAGUCAUUUUAGAUCUCGGCUGGGAUCAUUCCUGUGAUGUCUGGAGUGUGGGCUGCAUCCUCAUUGAAUACUACCUUGGUUCUACUCUUUUCCAGACUCAUGACAGCAAGGAGCACCUCGCUAUGAUGGAGAGGGUCCUGGGCCCUAUUCCUACAAAUCUCCUUCAUAAGAGCAGGAAACAGCGGUAUGUCCACCGGAGCAAGCUGGACUGGGAUGUUGACAGCUCAGCUGGCAGAUACGUCCGGAAGCACUGCAAGCCACUCAGGCGUUACAUGGUUUCGCAAAAUGAGGACCACCAGCAGCUGUUUCACCUUCUAGAGAAGUUGUUGGAAUAUGACCCAGCAAAGCGCAUCACUCUGGACAAGGCCCUCCAACACCAAUUUUUCUCCUGCUAUCAAGAGAGCAGCAGUUCAAGCAGCAGUAGCACCACCAAAAAACAUUGAAGUGUGUUAUCGUGUUACCUCAGGAGCAUCUUGCAACAGGAUGCUCAACCCAAUCUUCAACGUCCUCACUCUCCAGGAGAGGUGAACGUAAGCAGACUGUAUCAGUCCUCUGCCCUACUUUGCUGUUCCUGUCCUUGGCCAAGAAUAUUCAUUGACACCUCAUUGUUUGAGAUUCUUUCUGCAAUGAAUCCCCAACUAUGUAUAUUUAUUUGCCAUUUGCCAAAGUACAGCCUGUGGAUGGUCCAAAUGAUGUUUUUGUAUUGUACAGUCCCUGUAGGGUUAUUAUUGACAAACUUGUACUGUAUUCACAUUUGUAUCAACAGCAUUGUAUUGUAAAAACUUAUUUGGGGACAGAAAAUCAGUGUACAUAGAUUUUAUCAUAUAUUUUUGGGGGUCACUGACUGGUUUCUAUCAUGUGUUUUCUCAAUAAAUGUGAACUACUAAUGGA